AUGUCGGACUCUGCGACCGCCAUCGAGGCAAUCUCUUCACCACGAGGAGCACGUAGAGGGAGAGGCAAUCGCUCAAAUCAGCAUAGCCGCACUGAAUCCUACGAUCGAGACUCGUCUGACAAUCGAGGCAGAGGAGCUGGAAAUCGAGGAAUAAGAGGUUCAAGAGGAGGCAGGGGGAAAACUAGAGGACAUGGGAGAGACGCCACAUCCUCAACACCACUGUCUCCGCAAUACACAACAGAAACCACCUCUGGAAGACCACCUGGAGGCGGCUUCGGUGCCCGCCUGACCGAAGCUGCCUCAAAAUUAGAAGGCGAUUCAAGUGUACCAUAUCCUCAAGGGAACGAAAAAGAGUCUGAACCCGCAGAAGAAGCGGAAUUGUGCUUCAUCUGCGCCAGUCCUAUCGAGCACGUCUCGAUUGCACCUUGCAACCAUCAGACUUGCCACAUUUGCUCUUUGAGGCUGAGGGCACUUUACAAGACACGAGCUUGUGCACACUGCAGAACAGAAGCAGCUUUCGUGAUCUUCACCGACAAUGCAGAGAAACGGUACGAGGAUUUCAAGGACAACGAGUUCGUCAAGAUUGACGACAACCUGGGAAUUAAAUACGAAAAGGACAUCAUCUUAGAAGAUACCAUUCUCCUCCUCCGAUACAAUUGUCCAGACAAAGAUUGUGACGUUGCUUGCCUGGGUUGGCCGGAUCUACAUCGUCACGUCAAAACCAAGCACGGAAAGGUCAUGUGCGAUCUAUGCACGAGAAACAAGAAAGUCUUCACGCAUGAGCACGACCUGUUCACGUUCGGCGAGUUGCGAAAACACGAGAAAUUUGGCGACGAUAACCCAGGGGCUAUUGACCAGUCUGGCUUCAAGGGACAUCCGGAAUGCGGGUUUUGCAAACAGAGAUUUUAUGGAGAUGACGAGCUUUAUGCUCACUGUCGGGAGAAACAUGAGAGAUGUCACAUUUGUGAUAGACGGAACGGUGGAAGAAACCCACAAUACUAUCUCAAUUAUCAAGAACUGGAGAAACAUUUUGCAACGGACCACUUUGUCUGCUUGGACGCCGAAUGUCAAGCCAACAAGACAAAUGUCUUCGAAUCGGAGAUGGAUCUCAAAGCGCAUCAACUUUCCGAACACCCAAAUGGACUUUCUAAAGACGCUCGGAGGGAUGCUCGACUUGUCGAUUUGUCCGGUUUUGCUCUCCGAGAACCCUACCAACCUCCUCGAAGAGGAGAUCGAGGAAAUCGUGGUGCUGGUAGGGGUCGUGAUCCAAAUGCUGAACCACUGCCUAUAUCAAGUGCUCAGCCACUUGGCCGCGCAGAACUGGCUUAUCAACGUCAACUUGCCAUACAAAGCUCUCAAUCAGUGUCGAGCAGGAGCUUUGGCGGCCAAUUGACACAAACCACUCCUGUCGCCCGCCGACAGCCAGCGUCUCCGCAACCACCUUCAGCAUUACCCGCAGUCGAAAGACUCACCGUUGAAGACGGAGACAUAUCAGCUGCGGCAAUGACGCCUCAGGAACAGGCGCGAGCACUGCGCCACCAGGCAGUAACUGAACGUGCCACAUCUCUCCUCAAGAACGACAAGGCUAAACUAUCCCAAUUUCGAACCCACGUCUCCGCUUACCGCAGCGGCACUAGCACCGCAAAUAACCUGAUUGACUCAUUCUUUUCUCUUUUCGAUUGUCCAAGUUCGGAGCUGGGUAAGCUCAUCCGAGAACUGGCAGAUCUGUAUGAAGAUGAGACGAAGCGCCAGGCUCUGUUGCAGGCAUGGAACAACUGGCGCAGUAUUAAUGAGGAUUAUCCCAGCCUCCCGGGCCCCAGUGGCACUCUACCAGGCCUUUCGAAUGGCCCUGCAAGUUCUGGCCGACGGGUGUUAACAUUGAAGAAGAGCACAGCCCAAUCAUCCCGCUCAGCGGUGUCAAGACAGGGUUCAUGGGGUAAUGCCAUAGCUCGGGGAACAAGCCAAGAUCCGUAUCCUGCCUUGUCAAACAGCGCUCCGAGCGCAAGCGCACCUACAGCAACUCCUGCUUGGGGCAAUACAUCUGCGCCCAUAGUUCCCAAGGCCACUCACAGCGCUGCACGUCCAAUGGCACCUACGACUGCGUCCACAAUACGCCAGAAAACCAACGCCCGUGCCGGUGCUCCGCCGCGCCCAACGGAGGACGCCUUCCCCUCGUUGCCUGCUGCGCCGAAGCCGAACAUUAUGAUGACUGGCUUCAAUACGCGGGGCUCGGUGAGAUGGCUCAGCUCACCUUCCGGCUCAGGGACCACUACGCCGGUGAAUGCAUGGGGAAACGGAGGGUUGGCGCCCACACCAGCACAGGCACAGGCGACUGGGUCCGCCGGUGCAGGUCGCCUGGGAGGAAGUGGUGAUAACACCGACGAUGGAGAAGCGGCUCCGAGAAGAAAGGCAAAGAAGGGAAAGAAGGGAGAGACGUUGUUUCAUUUUGGGUAG